UACUGUAACUUCUCCUAAGGCGCCUCCCCACCCCCACCCCCACCGACAUUGCGGAAAUCACCUCCACAGCGGACCCCCCGACACCCCCACAAACACUACUGCCCACUCGCUGUUUCAGCACUCCAACAAUGGCUCCCCAACCGAAAAUAUCGCCCUCAAUGCUCUCCUCAGACUUUGCCUGUCUCGCCGACGAGGCGAAGCGCAUGGUCGGCUGUGGCGCUGACUGUCUUCAUAUGGAUAUUAUGGAUGGGCACUUCGUACCCAACCUGACCAUGGGCCACCCUGUGAUCAAGAGUCUGCGGAAGCACACUGAUGCGUUUCUAGACUGCCAUAUGAUGGUGUCGAACCCAGAACAGUGGGUAGAAGAAUUCGCCAAAGCCGGCGCCUCCAUGUACUGCUUCCACUACGAGGCGACGUCGGACCCGGGCGCCCUGAUCGACAAGAUCAAAGCCUCAGGGAUGAAAGCCGGACUGGCGAUCAAGCCCAAGACGGCCGUGGAGGUCGUGUUUCCAUUCGCGGAGAAGCUGGAUCAGGUGCUUGUUAUGACUGUCGAACCCGGCUUCGGCGGCCAAAAAUUCAUGCACGACUGCAUCCCCAAAGUCCGCACUCUCCGCUCCAAAUACCCCAACCUCGACAUCCAGGUCGACGGCGGGGUCGGGCCGGACAAUAUUGACCUUGCGACGGAGGCUGGGGCGAAUGUCAUUGUUGCGGGGACGUCGGUUUUUGGUGCGCCGGAGCCGAGGGAGGCUAUUCGGGUGCUUAGAGAGAGUGUGCUUGUCAAUGUUACGAAUAAGUAGGUUCGGCGGUGUAGGCUAGGUGCAGGUGUAGGAGGGUUCUUUUUGGGGGGUGUAAAUUGGAACGGCGAUAGUUAAAGAAUACAGUAGAAUCAUUUCAUACAUGUUGAGCAUCUGGGCGUAAGAAUUUGCAUUGCAAACGAGGUAAUAUAUUUUGAGACCAUCCAGCUCUAGUACACUCCUUUACCUACUAAGACCCGGCUCGCAUCCCAU